ACAAACGAUUAUGUCCGAUUCAUAUAAGUAAAUAACAGGGACUUGUAAGGUUAUAAACGUCAACAAAAUCCCUUAUACAUAAUCGAGGUAUUGACGAUUAAAGCACACAGAAGAAGAGUGUGAGAUAGUCUCUCUAUCUAGAGUUGUCGUUGAGUCAUGCAGCUCAAGAGGUCUUCAUCUUCUUCACCCUCCAUGAAACUCAAAACCCUAUUCUUAAACCUUAUCACGCACUCUCUUUAUCGUCUUUUACGGUAUCUCUCCAGAGCCAAAUCCAUUCUUAUCGAGAUAUCUAAACACAACAAGAAGAGGUUGUUCAUGAUGAUGUUUUAUUCGACAAAGUCAUCCAUAAAUCAACACAACAUCUUCUUCGGAUCCUCCAAUAUAGUCCCUGACCCUGAACCUUUCCCAUUAUCUCUUCAUGGUCAUGAAGAUGAAGAAGAUAAUCAUGAGUCUCAGUACCUCGAGUGGCUAGAAGAGAGGGUUGAUGGGAACAUUAACAUUAAUGGCGGUCAUAGUAAUGAGGAGGGAGAUGUUGGUGAUGAUGAUAUUGAUCAUUUGGCAGAUAUGUUCAUCGCGAGGUGUCAUGAGAAGUUUUUGCUGGAGAAGGUUGAAUCUUACAGAAGAUUCCAAGAAAUGCUGGCGAGGAGUUUGUGAGAAUUGGAAACAAGAGCGACGACUAAGAGUUUGUUUUUAUUUUGUUUCAUUUUGGAGGAGGCCUAGAUGCAAAGAGAAUCAAGCCUAUAUACAUCUUCUGAAUGUUUCUAACAAAGUCCAUAAGUGCAUAUAUAUAUAUAUAUAUAUAUAUAUAUAGGAUGAGUAUAGACGAUGAGACUUGUUGCAAUGAUGUAAGCCGAUCUAUUAAAUUAAUUACAUACAUC